AUGGCAGAACCUAUAGGUCUAGCCUCUAGCCUACCGGCUUUGGCGACUUUUGCAUUCAAGGCUAGCCUAUCGCUUUACGAGACAGUCAAUAUCUUCCGGUCUCAUACAGAACGCGUACGCGACCUGAUUGAUGAGCUGGAGUCCUUGAGCGGAGUUCUCGCCCCGCUCCAAGAGCUAUUAGAUACCACAACAGAUGAGAAUCUAUCUAUAUUCGAACUACCAUUACGACGCUGUGGCAAUGCGUGCAGCGAGUUUGAACAGGAAAUAAUUAAAUACUUAUCACGGUCCGCUAACCGAACCGGCUUCCGAGACUGGGCCAAGUUACGGUACCUGGGGGAUGAUAUCGAUAGUUUCAGACGAAUGCUUUCCGGAUACAAAUUAACUAUCAGUGAUGCCCUUACCAAUGCAAACCUGUAUAUUCGAGAAUUGCACCUCUGCCGCCCUCUCAACCCCGGUGGUGGUGUCAACAUUUGA